GACACAAUACCAAGGUGAAAGGACUAUCAAUUGAGAGAUUUAGAAAUUGAGAUAAUGUAGGCAUGUAGCCCGAUGUAGGGGUAAGCAACUAAGCAUUAACACGUAUGGAGAAUGAGGGAUUGAUGGUAAAAAUUGCUAUGUUUCGAACUAGAACUGCCCACAAUAAUGUUUUCACUAAGCUGCAAUCUUUAUUAGAAGCCGUGAGCUCUUGUUGCUCCAUUCUAAAAUGUCAGCAAAUUCACGCCAUUAUAAUCAAAUCCCACUUCAUCAAUGAUGGUUUUAUUGGGGAUCGUUUGGUAUCAUUGUAUGCUAAAUUGGGUUUCAAUAGUUAUGCCCGGAAGCUGUGCGAUGAAAUUCCUGACAAAGAUUUAGUCUCCUGGAAUUCCUUCAUUUCUGGGUCUUCUAAAAGUGGCAUUCUUGCUUUAUGUUUGGAUGCAUUUCAACGAUUGAGGAAUGAGGCAAACUAUAAGCCUAAUGAGGUAACUUUUAUCUCUGUUAUUUCUGCUUGUACUAUUAAUUCAGCUUUGAUUGAAGGUAGAAUGUUUCAUGGGUAUGUUGUGAAAAAUGGGUUUAUUAGGGAAGUUAAGGUUGUUAAUGCUUUGGUAAAUAUGUAUGGAAAGUUGGGUUUCCUAGAUUUUGCUUGUGUUUUGUUUAAUGGUUUGCAAUUUCCUAGUUUGGUUUCAUGGAAUUCUCUUAUUGGUGUACAUGCUCAUAGUGGUCAUUGCAAUGAAGUUAUGGGUAUUUUUAAUUCAAUGAGAAGAGUUGGUGUUAAGCCUGAUCAAGCUACUAUGGUUGGCUUACUUCAAGGAUGUACAGAAAUGGGUAUUGGAAAACAGGCAAGAACUGUACAUUGUUAUGUUCUUAAGUGUGGAUUUGGGGUGGAUAUGCUGGUUGUGACCUCCAUUAUGAGUGUAUAUUCGAAAUCGGGGCAGCUGAAUGUUGCAUUAGAUGUUUUUAGAGAGUUAAAAUGUCCUGAUGCCGUAGCUUGGACGUCUUUACUUGCUAGCUAUGCUAUACAUGGGUUUGGGGGUGAAGCUAUAAAAGUCUUUGAGGAAAUGGUUGAUAGAGGGAUUCGUCCUGAUCAUGUUACUUUCACUCAUCUAUUAAGUGCUUGUAGCCAUGCUGGCCUUAUUUCCGAGGGUAGGAAAUUUUUCGAAGAUAUGUUCAGAGUUUAUCGAGUUCAUCCUAGAAUAGAUCACUAUUCUUGCAUGGUUGACCUAUUAGGUCGUGCAGGACUCUUGGAAGAUGCAGUUGGGCUGAUUAAGAGCAUGCCAAUAGAGCCAAAUGUAGGUGUUUGGGGUGCUCUUCUAGGUGCUUGUAGGAUUCACAAGAAUGUAGAACUCGGAAAGGAAGCUGCUGAGAAUUUAUUUUUAUUAGAUUCCUCUGACCGCAGGAAUUAUAUCAUGUUGUCGAAUAUAUACUCUGCUUCUGGCAAAUGGAUAAAUGCUUCCAAAAUCAGGUGUUUGAUGAAAGAGGGGAAUUUGAUUGGGGGUCGUGGCUGUAGUCUGAUUGAGCAUGGAAACAAAGUUUAUCGGUUUGUAGCUGGUGAUCAGUCUCAUCCAUACUCAGCCAAGAUCUAUUCAAAAUUGGAGGAAAUCAUUAGGAAAAUUCAAGAAGUUGGACUAGAGCGCCAAACAAAAUUUAUCUUGCAUGAUGUUGAGGAGGAUAUUAAGAUAGAUAUGAUCAAUAAGCAUAGCGAAAAAUUAGCCCUUGCUUUUGGUUUACUAGUGACCAACACUAACAUGCCAAUAACUAUAAUAAAGAACAUCAGAAUAUGUGGUGACUGCCACUCUGUCAUUAAGUUUGUAUCAUUGAUGGAGAAGCGUACUAUCAUUGUCCGAGAUCCGAAACGGUUUCAUCAUUUUGUAAAUGGGAUAUGUUCUUGCAAGGAUUAUUGGUGAUUAUAUUCACAAGAUAUUCACUAUCUACUCACAAGUGAAGAUGUGAAUGGAUUUUCCAUUGAUCACUGCAAUGAGGGAAGACAGAGUGGUUGGAUGAAGCAAACAAAGACGUCCGUACUAAAUGAAGUUGCAGUUCGGUUGUUGUGACCUGUGUGACAUAGUAGUGCCAAGAGCAUAACAACUACUACGACACGUGCUUGCCAAAACAUUGCCACCCCAUACGACUAACAUGGAGUAAAUAAAUGCUAAUAAUGUUUAACAUUUGAAUUAUGAUGUGAUUUUAUGAAGUUUGAGGGAUGUUUGUUAUGUUUGCUAGAUCUUAACAAGACUAUACACAUUACCCUUUUUUACCCAUAAUCUCUAGGUAAAAUAUAUUAUUAGAUAAAAGAUCCUUUUAUAUUAUUCGGAAACUAAUCACCGAUUAUACAAAAUACCGA